AAAAGAAAAGAAAAAAAGAAAAAAAAGAAAUACUGACCAAACAAACAGAAAAUACAUUCGCAAUGUAUUGACCGCGAUCUAAUGUAAAUGUUUUUCGAUUCUAACGCUCGAGAUGAAAAGAAAAGAGAGAGAGAGAGAGAGAGACAAAAAAAAACAAAAAUAAAAAGAAAAUAAAGAGGAAAAGAUGGGAGAUAUUUAAGCGAUAUAGAUAAUAAUGGUGUCCUGAAAGUCAUCAGCAAUAAUGUCGAAGAAGAGUUGAAAGACGCCAAGCCGGUGAUAAACGGGCUCCUCUCUCGUGUAUGCUCGUAGUCAAUCGUUAAGUCAGUUCCUUCGAGUUGCUCGAAGACGUCGGUCGUGACGCAGUUUAUCGUUUUCGUUGUUUAGUGCACCGUUCUUCCACAAUCAUCUUAAAACGUCGGGGAACGUGUCUAAUCGUUUUAUUUCUUUUCUUCUGCUCUCUUUUUUUUUUUUUUUUUCUUUUUUUUUUCUCCUUUGCUUCUAAAUAUUUUCAUCCUCGACCAACAUUUUCAUAAUCUAUCCUCGCUUUUCUCUUUUCCUUUUCUUCUUCUUCUUCUUCUUCCUCUUCUUUUUCGUUUUUUCUUUUUCCCCUCCGGUAAUGUACGUUCGCAAUUGUACUUGGUGGAUGCGUGAAUUUGACAAAAGAUUUUCUUUUGCUUCUUAUUUAGAUGAUCCAGGUAUACUGAUCUAAUAUAUCAGAUUUUUUCAUCUUCGAAGCACGCAAGAUAAGACCGAACAAAAAUUUUUAUUAUUAUGAUUACGUGGAUUGGUGAGACUUAACGAAACAAAAGAAAAAAUAAAAAAACGAAGAAGAGAUUAAUGACAAUUACCACGACUAUCGUAAAAAUGCAAUGACAAGAAACAAAUGAUUUAUAAUUAAUUCGAUCUAGUGAUAUUAUUAUAAUCCCUAGUGAAGAGAUAAAUAAGAUAAUCUAGUGAUCUAGUUUGGUUAGUUGACAGAAAAAAAUAUAUAUAUACGAAAAUGACUACUGUCUUGUCCGAUGAGGAUGGCGGGGGUGGGAACGCUAUGAAAUUGAAACAAAAACUUUUGAAUCGUUCGAAUGUAAAGGAAGAAACGCGUUCCUUUUUAAAUUUUUCACGUGAAAACUUAAGUAUAUCACAGGCUGAAUUGGAACGGGGCUUUAACAAACAACGUUUCAGACCAAACAAAUACACUGUAUUAAGUACAGUCGCAUUGUUAAUAGCACUUUUAUGUCUUGCUUUGGAAACAUGGAAAUUACGUUGUUCGUUGGUCAAUUCUCGUGAGAUCGAAGAAUUGAAAAGAGAUGUUAAAAGUUUAAAGCAUAGAUUUUUACAACAAGAUCUUUUGGACGAAUUAAAAGCAUUCGAGGAACAGCUUUAUGCCGGAGAAUCUGCUGACGAGGAAGAUCCAGGAGAGGUGGAUAUCGAUAACGCAGAAUACGAUUCGAAUUACGAUGACGAGUCUUCAUCCUCGUCAUCAUCGUCGUCAUUGUCGUCGUCUUCGUCAUCGUCGUCGUCGUCGUCGCACGAUUAUUCCAGUGAUUAUCGCACCUUAUCCAUUAUUUCAAAGAACUCUGACAUCUCUAAAGGAUCGACUACUAAGUCAACAAUAACAAAAACAAAAACAACGACGUCAACGUCAACGUCAAAAUCGAUGUCUACCGAUUUCGAAUCGACGUCCACUCAGGAUCCCGUUUCGGAUAAGGCAUUGGUUGAAUUAUUUGCCGCAUUAAGGAAAGCCGAAGCUAAGCAAGGUGAAAAAUUUGAAAAAAAUGUCCGCGAAAGUCAUCGUAAUCUUGAACGUGAACGUUUCGAGAACGUUGAUUUACUUGCGAACAACGAGGACAAUAUAAAAGAAAGAUUCGACGAUGAUCUUCGUAAUAAGGAAAAAAAUCUUGACGCCGUUGAUCUCGAUCCGAUCAAAAGGAAAAGAUCGAUAAGGGAGGAAAAUCAUUCGGACGAUGGUGCCGUUACGAAUAGAACUUCACGUCAAAGAACUCAAACUCAAAGGAAAAUCGGAUCGUCGAGGCAUCGUUUUCAUAACAACGAUGAUACUGGAAAAAUAGCGAUUAAUGAUCGUUCUUUGUCCGAAUCAAUCAUUUCCUCGGAAAGACAUCCUCCAAAGAAGUUUAACUCCCACACGCAUCCGGAAACGUCUCGGGCAUUUCCUUCGAGUCGCUACAAUGAUGAUAAUUUAAGCGACGAAAUUGCUCGAUCAAUUCUGCAGCCUGAUGAAGGAGAAAAGGAUUAUACAGAUCGAGCCAAUUGGAAACAAGCUCACGACAAUAUGGAGAUCUCAAACGUUUCUAAAGGAUUACGUCGAGCAGUUAAUAGACGUCAUUUGAGAGCACCUCGUCAGGUUUGUGCAAUACAUUAUGGCGCCGAUAGCAUAUUAUUCUCUGAAGAUGAUGAACAUACCGGUAAUGGCCGAGCUCGUCACGGAAAUGGUAUCUUCAAAGCUUGGAGACCAAGCGACUGGGUAUCAGAUUUAGGGAUGAAUAAAUAUUUUGCUUUAGCCAAUGACGGUAAACUCACUGUCCACGAGCCCGGAUUAUAUUUGGUUUAUGCACAAAUUCAUUAUUUGGAUGAACACGAUGAAAAUGGUUUUCAUUUAUUGAUAAACAACAGGCCAUUGUUUCAAUGCACGAUCUUCAGUCCAAGCGUUGGUCACAAAAGUCGAUCUUGUUUCUCGGCACAGGUGACCAUUCUUCAAGCUGGAGACAUUUUGAUUCUUAAAGACAUUGGUAUAGAUAGAUAUACUCUUUUUCAACACGACAAGAGUUUCUUUGGUUUAGUUAAAUUAGGCGAGUCCAGACAGCAAAGGCAUCCAUCAACACAAUUACCACCAUAAUGAUGAUAUGAACGUUUUAUCGUCGUUUUUAAAAUUAUAUUUAGAUCAAUGUAAAACCAACGGGACGUAUCCCCGUGUUCUUGUUUUUUCUUUUUUUUUUUUUUUUUGUUUUUCAUAAAAAAGAAUGUUAAUGUACAUACAUAGACGUAAUUUGUUUGAUAGAUUUUUUUUCUUUUCUUUUUUUAAUUUUUUUUUUUAAUUUUUAAUUUUUUUCUUUUUUUUUUAUUUUUUAUUUUUUCUUUUUUUUUUUUUUUUCUUUCUAUAAUUGCUCAUGAUUUCAUGCUACGUCAACAUUUCUUUCAUCCAUUUCUAACGCAUAACUUUUAUAUACAUACCACGUAUACAUGUAAUUUCAUUAUAUAUAUAUUUUUUUUUCCGACAGUAUUUCGAUAUAACGCGUUUGAUGUUUAUUUUACAAUAUAAUUAUAAUAAAAUGGUAUGUAAUGUUCAUCAAUAAUAUCUUUGUUACAACUUCGUUAUUAUAUAUUAAUGAGCUUUUAUUAAUAGUUUCAUGAUAAUUACAUCAAACGCAAUAAUACGAGUGUAAAUAAUAUUUUAUAUUUUGUUAUUAAAAUAAAUAAUACAUAAGUAC